AAUCAAAACCUAAAAAAAGCACACCAGGCGCAAACCAGAUCCUCUUCCUACAGCCGUUCACAACACAGACACGACGGCCAAUCCACCACCGUCGGAUCUGCGUACUUUAGAACUUGAACCAUAGAACCCACAUAAGAGUCCCCAACCUUUUCAUACGCACGGUGGAGAACACUCUUGAAAAUCACACGCCUGUGACGCUAUCUCCUCCCGUGUUUGAAAUCACGCGGAAUUAUUUUCUGCUUCCAGUUCUUUUCAGAUCACAUCUCUGGACUCUGGCUUUCCCAAAACCCCUAAUUUUCGAUUUCUUAUAUAAUUUCUAGUUUCAUUUUGUUUCAAAAAAAGAAAAAAAAAAUUUCUUUUGGAUUCAUAGCGAUGGGUACUGGGGAUCUUCUAAACAUUCAGCCUACAGAACUCAAAGUCCAAUUUGAAUUGAAGAGGCAGAGUUCAUCCUCUAUGCAGUUGACCAAUAAAACGGAUAAAUAUGUGGCGUUCAAGGUUAAAACAACAAACCCCAAAAAAUAUUGUGUCCGUCCUAAUGCUGGCAUUGUUUUGCCUCGAACCACAUGCAAUGUUACAGUUACAAUGCAAGCUCCUAAAGAGGUACCCCCUGAUUUGCAGUGCAAGGACAAAUUUCUUCUUCAAAGUGUGGUUGCUCCGGAUGGUGCGACUACGAAAGACAUAACCCCGGAAAUGUUUAACAAAGAGGAUGGUAAGGUCGUGGAAGAGUUCAAGAUGAGGGUCACUUACAUUCCUGCUAACCCCCCAUCACCUGUCCCUGAAGAAUCUGAAGAAGGUUCUUCUCCCAGGUCAUCGGUGCUUGAGAAUGGGCAUCAAAAUCAUUCAUUGUUUGAUGCUGUAUCAAGAUCUUUAGAGGAGCCUAAAGAGAAGUCUUCAGAGGCGUGGUCUAUGAUUUCUGAGUUGACUGAGGAGAAAGCUUCUGCUUUGCAACAAAAUCAGAAACUACAUCAGGAACUGGAUCUUGUGAGAAAAGAAAUUAGCAAAAGUCGAGCUGGUGGCUUCUCUUUAUUGGUUGUGGUGCUGGUUGGUCUCCUUGGCGUCCUCUUGGGCUACUUUGUCAAGUAAAUGCAGAGACUGCAUAUCAGGCAAUCUUUUAGUUGUUAGCUGGGUGUUGCAAUCAACAUUAUUGAUGCUCCUGAUCUUCCUAAGACUUUUUUUUUAGGACUUUUCUCCUUUUAGGGUGUAAAUUAUAGCCUCUCAUUAUUGUAUUUUGACACAGAAUGAUUGAUUUGUCCAGUCAUUAGAAGAACUUUUUCGGUUCAAAGGUUGGUUAGAAGGGCUCGGCUUAUUGUGAACCUAAUACAUGUUGAUGCUUGGUUUUAAUCAAAGAUUUUUAUUUUUUA